AUGAUAAUGAGGCGAUGGGCAGAAGAGAUGGUUGUCCGCUCAGGAAGCGACCGCAUCCGUUUCUCGCAGAAGGCAGAAGAAAGGGAUGUUCCACGCUUGAAGAGAAUCCUCGGUCGUAUGAAAGAGUUGGUUGUUGAAGCCCCACUCGAUCCACUGAUCUCCUUGUUCGAUGAACUCAACGCAAUGCUUGAGCCCUCCCGAGAAGACGUGAUGCUCGAGAACCUAAGCCUAAAGCGUGCGACGGAUGGCCGUGGAUGGAGCGAUCGGGACCCAACAGCCAAGUUCUCCUUUGUCGACGCAGGCACAGUGAAGAAGCUUCACCUAGGGCGGUUACUUUUUUCUCUACGCCCAAUUAACUUCUUCAGUGGCAUGGUGAACCUUCGCGAGCUCACUCUCCUCGACAGUGUUGGGUCCACAGUCAGCGACUUCACUGGUUCACAGGUCUACCUACCCAGUCUUGCUCGGCUUCACCUGUCCGACCCAAUCGAGUUUUGCCGGACGUUCCUGACCUCACUCCACCAUCCAAAUCCUCUCCAAUAUCUCGGUAUAGACGACGCAAAUGAGCGAUUCCAGCCACCCCAAUUCUUACACCUGAUCCUUAGAAUGCUCUCCGACCAUCAUAUCCUUGGAGGAUCUGCCACGGAUACACCACCGAACUUGUCCGAGUGCAACUGCGCUCUCAGCAUCACCACGAGAGUGUCGCUUCGAGGGAGGCACGCACACCUCGGUUUCGCCGCUUGGCCAAAUACAAUCAUCAGCGGACCCGAUCUUAUAUCUUCCAUCAGCGAAGGCCUGUCCUGGGGAUCACGCCCCUACGCAGCGUUGACGCCCGUCGAGUUCUCUACGUUACUCACGUCAAACCCAACCUUAUUCAUCGGCGGUGCCUUCCGCAGCUACUUCCACCACGUCUCAGAAGCGCUACCGAAGUCCAUACCACUCCAUACCGUCGCCUGCGCCGUCAUCAACGACCCCACUGAUGUUGACAAUGACAUCGCUCAGGACGGUUUGUACGAGGGAGCGCUGCUUUCGGAGAUGCCUUCCCUACUAUACCUCAGGUUGAAUCAUGCUCGGCUCGUCAGCGUCAUUAACAGAUUGCGCCCAGCGGACAACAGCAAUUCUGGCAUCCUAGUUCCUAUUCUCGGCGAACUAGCGCUCGUUUUCACCCCGGAUGUUCAACACGAGAAAUGGGUGUCACCUCUCGCGGCUUGCAUCAUAGCACGAUCGGCCCAUGGCCAUGGGUUGAAGAAGCUUCACAUUCGAGGGAAUCCACAUAUUACAGAGGACGAACGCAAGAUGCUUGAAGACUUACCAGUGAUUAUUAACUGGCGUAGUGUAUCUGAGCUGUAG